AUGACCUCUCGCUCUGAAUCUCAGCAGCCGACCCAGUAUGGUCGAAAGCGUUCUAACACUGUUCAAUCCGUACUCAAGUCGACGUCCUCAGUAUCAACACCAGUAGUCCCAGCGAUACCCCUCAGAACGGGAGAUUCCAAGGUCCUAACGAUAUGGGUUCACGAUCCCAAAGAUUCUCCCUCGGUAAUUUUGAACCAUGUCUGGUGGCCUGGUGUCCAAGAAGGCGAUCUCCUCCAGCUCUGUGCACAAUCUCCAGAACAGGGUUCAGGGCAUAGGGCAUUGUUUCAGGUGCCAAAGCCCGAUGAGCCAAUCAAACAUCAGCUGCAGAUAUCCAUCCCUAGGCCUAUGGCGGAGAAGCUCGGUCUCAGGAACAAUGGUGAAGUUUUGUUAACGAAGGUUGAGAAAGACGAAUGGUGCGCUGACUAUGUCGAGCUCACAUUUCAGGACCAGUACCUUGGUCGGAAUGAGAUGUGGAGAAUGGGCCAGCAUCUUGUAGGACAGAGCGUGUUUGUUGAUCAAGAGCUAUUCUUUAUCGGUGUCGUAACAGCUCGCGUGAACGCUGUGUACAUUACCGGAAAGAAGGUCUCAACAGCAUAUAUUACCUCCCGGACAAAGCUUGUGUACCGUUCGCUCUCUGCACGAGCUACCAUUUUUAUCCAAGUCUGUCGGGAGCUUUGGGAAUUUGCAGGUGACGGCGAACGGUACAACGAAAAGAUUGUCCACUCCUUCCUCCCAACCCUCUUCGCAAAGUGGCGUGAGGCGGGAACGACUCAUAUAGCCACUAUAGUGCUGAUUUCACGCGUCUUUUACGACGAGAGCGAAGUCGAAUAUGCGGCAGGCCCUUUGCGCACGGAUGACGACGGCAGGCGGUACAAGGAUUUCUUCAAGGUCAUAACAGAUCUAGAAGUCGUGUACGACUGGAAACCCACUCUGGUUAGUCUCAAGGACUCGUUUUGGGCAUUCCAGAGAGAUAUCCUGCUGGCACAUCACUAUCACCGGGCCAGCCUCAGUUGCUCGGACUCACGAUCUCAGGUCAAUACCGCCGGUGACGGAGAUGAUGGGACGCAAGCAACAGACAAUGUUCGCCUCGUUGGUCAACUAUCCUACGCGCAUGACGGCCCUAUUCUUGAGGCCUUGAAUCUCUCCCUUAAUCCCAUCGAAACACAUUAUAUCGACCGCUCGCUAUCUCUCACGGGCUCGGCGACAAUUGUCAUAACACCAGGUACAGGUUAUUUCCGCGUAAACAAGCCUCUGCUGCGCUUGACGACCGCUCGUUUACUCGAUCAAGGGUUCGCGCUGGAUCUUGUGUCGUUAACGAAGCCGCCUCUGCACCAGAGUCCCAUAUUCGCUUUCAGAGACUAUGAGCCGGAACCGACUAGCGGGCCAGGGACAGGAUCGCGAACCCUCGACGCUCUCUGGGGUCCUGAUGACGAGAAACACGAUGGCACAAAAAAGAUGGCUACGUUCUGGUGGGAGCCGUUUUGGUUGUCUGUCUCGUUUUGGGACCCACAAAUGGACCUGCCUUUCCGAGAAGAUAGGUUCGUUGCCCGUGCGAAGAUGCACGAGAUCGAAAUGCUUGGCUUGUUGGACCACGACGUACUUUCGAGCAUUGAGCUGCCGUAUCUUCCUGAUUCUGGCUUUGGCUCGUCGCGUACACCUCAGCUGAGAUCUAUGCAUGCGAGCUUUGAUACUCUCGGUGCUGCUACCGGAACAAUCUCUCCGACCACAAUGAACAACGACAAGCGCCUCACUAAGGCGGAAGCUGACAAAUUUGACAUGGAUGCCUUCGCGGUCUAUCAGCCCCCUACGAUGCACGUCGCUAGUCCAGUGAUACAAAGAGGCUCAAUAGUCUCACUGUCCAGCGAGGGGUCAAGCUCAUACAGACUUGAGGGUGCCGGAGGGUUGAAGCGAUCACUUUCAAAUCGCACGGGAUCAAAGAUUGCAACGAUCCAAGAGAGCCCCCUACAGGGCUCUGCGCCGCUACCAGCCGUCCCCUCUGCGCCUAAGCCAGCUGACGAUUCAGAGGGUGCAAAAGACCUCGCCAUCAGUGCAAGUCCGUCUAUCACAGGCAACGCGAACUUGCUGAGCACAUCGCCUUCCCAAUCUUCGGUCCUCUCUGUGAGAUCUACACGAUCUAAUGCAUCGACACUCUCUGCUGCAACCUCAAGUACCAAAGUCGGCAGCACUCGCAGCGCGCCUGCACACCUGUCACGACCGGCCUUGCAGAAAACGAGUUCGACAACAUCCAGGUUUGCACCCUCUUGGCUCUGGAAUGCAUUCUCUCGCAGCGGUAUCAGUCAGCCCGAAACGUCAGCAGUAAGUGCGUCGGCAGGACUGACUAGCCCGUCCACUCCUUCGCCUCUAUCAUCCGCUCCCAUCGCUUCGACAUCCCAGGUACAUGCGCAAACAAAAGGAUCGGCGCGUUCUCGCGCAUCAUCUCAGUCUUCCUGGCUCCAGUCACAGACACCUAAACCCAGUGCGGCGCAGCAGCUUCAAGGCCCGCAGCCGCCCUUCGCACAGCGUUCUCCUAAACCAGUAGCGAUCAAGAGCGCCACGGUCGGCCGCUCGGGCUUGAGCAGGACGAUACCUCAUGAUGAAGACGGUCUUGUAACCCCGCAGAGCCGUUCACUCACACGACAGUCGCCAUUGAACCAAACGCCGCCUCGAGACUCAGAUAAUCCCUUGUACAAUGGGGCCAUGAAGCGCCGAAGUGGAACGCUUUCCUCUGUGCACCCACCUCUAGGAUUCUCUGCUUCUCAUACGGUUGCUCGCACCAACCCUUCGAAGCCGUCUGCACCUGUACCUUCAGCGCAAAGUGCUCUGGCGCGGAGGUUCGAACACAUCUUCCCCGUCCCUCUCUCGAAGCACGACAUCAAAUGGAGAUCAAUGAUCAUGCCUGCUUCGCUUCCUCUGACGACAGAGUACUUCCCGCGGUCAAGCGAGCUGGAAGGUCAAUAUAUCGUCUCUCCGUACGACUUUGUCGUCGAUCCGCCAGAGAUGCGAAGCUUCUUCAUACGCCCACUCGUAAUGAACGGCAACAGCCCCGAUGUUGUCAGGAGAGCGUGGGCGCAGGUGGUCAUGCGGGCCAUGGUUGCACUGCGGCUUGUGCAAGGGUUUCAGUUCGUCCUUUCCCCGUUAUCAUUGCCGAAGGAUGUGGAAUGUGGCGUCGGCACCCUUCGUCGUACGGCGUCGUCAUAUACUGCGUCAGACGAAGAGACACCUAAACUCCAGGGCGCCCCAGACGCAUUGAAGAACGCGAGUGAACCAGUAUAUCUUAGCAUGAGUAACGAGAUCCACCGCAUUGCGUAUAGCGGAGACUCCAUACAAGUGAGGCGGUACGUGAAGAGGGUGCCAAGACUGAUGCCGUAUGACUAUCAGUGUCUCAUUUGGCCUAAGCUGGGCGUGGGCUACACGGAACUCAAGACGUCAUUCGUAAUGCGCGGACUAGAGAACUAUGGAUGGAAUCGCUUGGACAUGCUAGCUUCUGGCUACGAGAAUCAAUUCAACGAGUCGCUGCGGUACUGGCGCACCCGCUUCGUUGUCAUCCCUACGGACGAGCCACCCCUGACCAGCGUUGGUCCUUUGGGUGAAAAGCUCAACGACGAGGAAAUCCGGCUGCUGGGCAUGGACAAGCUCGCAGAGCUCUUCUCCAAAGUGAGAUGGGUGCCUCCGGACGAAAAGGGGAAGCAGUAUCCUCCCGCACGCUUCCUCCCGACCGAUAUGAGUCCCACGCAAUGUGUGCUUGACGAGGCGCUGAUGUCUCAACUUGACGAGAUACAUGCCGCAGGGCCGCUGAGGAAGAAAGUCAAGAGCGAGCGUGAUAUCAGUGAUAUGUCUCUGCAGGCAGUUGCGAAGGCAAUGCGAGAGGAGGAUGGCGUGCCUGUCAAGGACCGCAAGUGGCACGGAAUCACCUACCCUAAUUCCUUCACCGGUACAGAUAUGGUUUCGUGGCUCGUCAGAGAAUUUCGCGAUGUACCGACUCGAGAGCAGGCGACGGAAUGGGGUGCAAAGCUGCAAGACCAGGGGCUUUUUGAUCAUUGUCGUGGGACCCACGGAUUCUUGGACGGACAUUACUUCUACGUGUUACGCGGGGAGUACCUCAUUCCAAUGACACCACGCGGAGGAUGGUUCGGCAGAUCAUCCAGACACGCCCCAUCGGAAGAUACAAGUUCGAGGUCUGGAAUUGGCGCGAGCUACAUCAAGUCUGUUCCAGGGAAGAUAUUCAGGAAGAAGCUGAUAAUGAGUCAGUCCAUGGUUAUUGACAUCGACCCCAACAAGAGGAGCGAUCAGUCUGAAUGUGUUGUGCUACACCACGACAUCAUGCAUAACCCAACGACAUGCUUCCACUUUGAGCUGCAGUGGCUCGGUGCAACAGCGCGGUGUAUCGACGACAUCCUGCGACAAUGGAGUCGUACCAUCGAGCGAUAUGGCCUAAGACUCGUCGAAGCCUAUGUCAGCCAGAUCAGCGACAUCCGCGAGCACAACCCGUUUCAGUCAUGCUUCCCUCUUGCUAUGGCCCUCGCGCCCCCUGUGGUGCCGAGCUUUGAGCGGCUGCCUGAGGGUACGCCUGUGCAAAUCUACUUCGAGACGCAGCUGCUCCGCAAGCUCGGCUUCGUACUCGAUAUCGAGGCCGGUAGCGCAUACCCUGACACUGUCGAUGUUGUGUACUCGUAUCGGCGGUUACCAUACCGAUACUCGCAGUGGGUCCAUCGCUCUGGCGUCGCGUUCGUGCAGGUCAUUGGCGGCACCGACGGGUUCCUCUUCCUCACGAAUCGCCUCAUAGGCGCAGGAAAGGUCGGCGCGACGCUCAAGCUGCAGCACCCUGGCACUGCGGCAGAGGAGCUCCGCAAGAAGCUGCAGCAGUUCUGUUCAGAUGAGGCAUUCCUGGCACGAUUCUACCAGGAGGAGCUCGAGCAACUGGAUCAUGGUGGACUUGAGGAGCCUCCCCCGUUGAAACUAUGAAAGUACCGCGUCCUCCCGAUAGACUCUCUGGUAGCCCGCAUUGUUAUCGAUGUAUACACGGUCGAAUUAAUAUUGUAAAAUCUUGUAGACUCUCAUGCAUUGGAAAUAGAUGACCCUGCUUCUUCAUACUUGCCACUUCCGGGUGCGAAGACAUCCUUAUCGUAAGUCAGCAUACGCAAAACGAGCAAUAUUCGCAGUGC